CUUUGCGUCACUUUCCUUACAGCAGCGCGAAAACAACUUUCACUUCUCACGCCACCACUCAGCGGUGAGUUGGAUUUACAUUACAACAUUUAUAAGACUGCAGACCAACGUAAAUAAUAUAAAAAUCGUCUUUUAUUUCGGUAAACUCUGCUUUGGCAGCGUAUCGCCAACAUGUUAGCCUAGCAUGUAGCCAAACUUCCACUGUUUGCUAGCCUGCUAAGAUCUUUAGGUUUGUAUUAAACUGAAACUUCUUCUCCUCUUUCUCCCAUUUUCUUUUCUCUCAGACAGCAAACAUGUCCAGAAUAGAUAAGAUGAGUAUCCUCGGGGUGAGGAGUUUCGGGGUUGAGGAUAAAGACAAACAGGUCAUCUCUUUCUUCACUCCUCUGACUGUGCUGGUCGGACCCAAUGGAGCAGGAAAAACGGUCUGAGAGCUGCUGUCUGUCUUUAACAUAACACACAUAUAUAUGCAUAAUGUACACUAUUGUAAUAUAAUCAGGGUGCUUUGUGUAUUUUCUGGGUUUACAGACUAUUAUUGAGUGCCUCAGGUAUGCAACAUCAGGUGAACUUCCUCCUGGAUCUAAAGGAGGGGCGUUUGUUCAUGAUCCAAAGGUGAGCUACCUGUGUUGUGUUUGGGAUUAAAAAACAGAUAUUUUGUACAUUUUUUUGAAGGGUUUCUGUGUUUAGAAAGAGUCAAUUAGAAGAAGUUUAGGAUGAAUUGGGGGGAAAUCUAGGCACAGCAAAGACUCACUUUGUUUUUGAACAGAUCUUGUUUUUUCAACAACAGCAGAAUAAAAGAAAAGAAAUAAAACUUCCAGAUGUGCUUUAAUCUGUCAAAUUAGUUCAAGUGUAUAAGCGGUGUAUUCUCUGUGAAUCUUGGCAGUGCCUGCAUGAGAUUUUACUUAAAGGGUAAACUUAAUUUAGGGUCAAAUACAUGGUAACGUUGAGACUGGCCAGAGGUCUCACUGCAAACAAGCACCUGCUGGAAGAGAGUAGGUGAGUUGUGUUUAGUCUCUUUGCUAAAGAAAUUAGGCAAAGUUAAAAAGAUGUUUGGUGGCUAGUACUAUGGCUGGGACCCUAUAUGUACUGUUGAUGAAGUUAGGUGCUGUUCUGAGCAUUAUUUGUGGCUAUAGAGUGGCGUUUUGGUUGAGCGUGAGGCUCUCUGUAUUGCUAUCAUGCGGUCGUUACUAAAGUUGGUAUAACUAGAAAAGCAAGCAGUCGGCAAAAUUCAUCUUUUAAGGGGGUGUCUAACUUGGUGCUACAGUGUGUUUGACCAUAACUUAAAUUUACGCUGGAAUAUCCCUUUAAGUCCUCAUUUUGAGCAACACUCCGUGCCUUUUUGAUUCCAGGAUGCCCAUGAGACAGACGUGAAAGCUCAAAUUCGACUCCUAUUCACUGAUGUAAACGGAGGGAAAGUGACAAUCCAUCGCUCUAUGUCCUGCACUCAGAAGGCGAAGAACUACACCUUCAAGAGUUUGGAGCAAGUCAUCACCAGAAUGAAGUGAGUUGAAGUUUCAAAGUCAUCAUUUCAUUUUAGACAAAAACACAUGUUACCUGACCUCCGUCUUUAUGUGUGACCCCUGUCAUCUUUUAUCCAGAGACGGUGAGAAGGUGAGCUUGUCAUCAAAGUGCGGGGACCUGGACCGUGAGAUGAUUUCAUCGCUGGGUGUGUCAAAGCCUGUCCUGAAUCAUGUCAUCUUCUGCCACCAAGAAGAGUCCAACUGGCCGCUCAGUGAAGGCAAAGCACUCAAAGACAAGUUUGACUCCAUCUUUGCUGCAACCAAGUAAAGCAAACUCAUCUUUCUGUUUGUCUAAUGUUAAUCAGAUUAAUUUAAUCUACAGGAUACAUAAGUAGGAAAAAAUAAAACCUGCCUACAUGAGCUGGAUACUCCCUUAAAACAAAAGCUGAGAAGAAUUAAAUGUCUCUUUUUUGCAGGUAUAUUAAAGCUCUGGAAACGAUGCGUCAGCUGCGUCUGAAACAGGGUCACACAGUCAAAGAGUGUCAGGUGGAGCUGCGUUACCUAAAGCAGAAUAAGGAGAAAGCCCAGCAGAUCAGAGAGAUCGUCGCCACCAAGGAGGCUCAACUGAUGGCGUCCAAAGACAGCACCCAGCAGAUAGAGAACAAGAUUGAUCCACUGGAGGUUUGCUUAUAUACUUUUCUCAAAGAGGCAAUACACACAGAUAGAGGUUAGAGAUUUUAGAUGUAUUUUACACCACAUAUGUGUCAAUUCCUGAAUGAUAAAUUAAUAAACUGACAUACCAGCAGCUGGAAUCACAUGAUUAAAGCCAAAUACACCAGAAGUCUGGUGUAAACAUGUAAGAAAAGAGCACAGAACCUUUUAUGAUACUGAUGAACUUUUACGAUCAUUUCCAGGUGAGACUGACAGAUAUUGACAUGAAACUGGGGAAAGUGAUGAAGCUGGACAAUGACAUAAAGGCUCUGGAGAGCAGAAAGAAACAGAUGGAGGAGGACAACAAGGAGCUGGAGGAAACAAUGGAACAGGUAACACAUGACACUGAAACAGUCAUUAGAGGAUGAAUGAAUCAAGCUCUCAGAUACACCGCCUGUUCCAGGUCAUUUUUAAAGCUCUGUUAGUGCAUUUAUUUCUGUCAUAGAAGAAGUGAAGUCACCCUGAUUUUCAAUCCUGUCAACCUUGUGCGCUGCAGGUGUUUCAGGGUUCAGAUGAGGAACUGCAGAACACUUACCAGAACCACCAGAGGACAGUGAGAGAGAAGGAGCGGAGGCUGACGGACUGCCAGAAGGAGCUGGAGAGAGCUGGACGGGAGUGUCAGAGACUAAACCGAGUCAAAGCUGAGCUCCUGGUAGAACAAGGUAGACAAACGCCUCUAUGAGACCAUGAACCAGGAUAUGAUUUUCUUUAAGACUAUAUUUACAGUCCUUUGUCUCUUUCUAGGUCGUCUGCAGCUCGAGGCUGACCGUCAAAGUCAAAACAUCAGGAAUCGGGACACUCAGGUUAGGCAGAGACAUGUGCUUCUGUGCACUUAGCCAGCGGCACUUAAGUCUUUUUCCUCAAAUUCACUUUUGUAAAGUAUAAGUUGGACAUGCGAACCUCCAUACCUGCUGCCAACACUGACAGUUUAAAUCGCUUUCAGCGGGAUAAAAUGUGUCUCUUCAUUUUUAGGUUCGCUCUCUGUCGUCCUAUCUGGAAAUGGAGGGUUACGACCGACCUCCCUUCACCUCUCUUCAGCUGGAGAGCUUCAACCGUCACGUCACACAGAGGCUGGAUCAGGAAAAAGACACAGUCACUCAGGUUCUGGUAAGAAAUUUCCACAUUGUAAUUCUGCUGUCUUCUUGCAUUUGUGUGUUGGUGAACUUGGUGUUCACCACUGUGACCUCACUGUGUGUUAAAGCAGUAAAAUCCUAUCUUUGGUUUUGUGGAUCUUGAACAUUAAAAAAGUCUUAAUUCCAUGUGUGACACCGGUGCCUGAUACUUCCUCUUGUUACUCCGUUCACUCAGGCGGACCUGCAGGAGAAGGAGCAGCAGAAGCAGCAGUCCAUCGAUGAAAUGAGGGAUAAGAAGACCGGUCUGGAGAGAACCGUGGAGUUGAAGAGAGACCUGCAGGGGAAGAAGCAGCAAGAACUGAGGAAUAUCAGAGCAGAGCUGCAGAGGCUGGAGGGUUCAUCGAGUCGACUUCAGGAACUGGAGAAUGAACUGACAAAGGCGGUAAAAAAACACAGCUGCUGGAAAGCUCUUUUUGCACGGAUGUAUUUGUGGAAUAUUUGUGAGGCUCAGCCACAUGCAUCAUAGAUUUAUCCAGACUCUUCUUUUUCCCUCUGAUUUGUACGCAUGUGUGUCUUUCUUCUUCAGGAGCGUGAGCUGCAGAACGCAGUUCAGAACUCCAACGUAGACGAGCUCAAGGAUGAGGUCGUGGAGCUCCAAAGAGAAAAGACUGAACUCGACAGCACUCAGAGGAAACUGGACAAAGAAAUGGAGAUGCUCAACACUCACACCACCGCGCGCACUCAGAUGGACAUGCUGACCAAAGACAAGGUGAUGUGUGGCCCCUGGUAAAUGAGCCACAGUCCCGAGUCUGCUUCUCCCCUUCCCAUCUUCAUCGUCAUCUUUUUUCAUCUCUCCUCCAGACGGAGAAAGAGGAGCAGGUAAGAAAGAUCAAGUCUCGUCACAGCGAGGAUCUGCUGUUGCUGCUCGGCCACUUCCCCAAUAAGAGAGAGCUGGAGGACUGGAUCUAUGCCAAGUCAAAAGAAAUCAACAGUACAAGAGACAAACUCGCCAAACUCAAGUAGGCAAAAUUUAUCAACUUUAAAUAUCACACAUAACCACACAAAACCAGUUACUUUCUGUUGCGUUGACUACUUUGUGUAAAUCUCAUCAUUUUCAGUAAGGAUCUGGCGUCAAGCGAGCAAAAUAAAAGUCAUAUAGCUGCUGAAGUACGCAGGAAGGAGCAGCAGUUAUCCAACGAUCAAGAGAAGUUCUUUAACGUGUGUGGCAGUCAGGAUCUGGAGCAGGAUCUGAGCAAACUGCAAGAAGAUCUGGAAAAAGUCUCCAAACAGAGAGGUAAAUAUUCUAAACCAGGAGUUUAAGAUAACCAGUUUGAGGGUGGAUCUUCUUCUGUCCAAACUCUUAGCAGUUUCAAUAGUUGUGUUGAAAAAGGUAAUUGAAUGUGCGUUGUUCUCCUCCGUCUGUGUUUGGCAGCCAUGUUAGCCGGAGCCACAGCAGUGUACACCCAGUUCAUCAGUCAGCUGACGGAGGAGAGGGAACCCUGCUGCCCCGUGUGCCAGCGGACGUUCCCCUCAGAGUCGGAUCUGCAGGAAGUCAUCAGCGACAUGCAGUCCAAACUACGCUUGGUGCCGGACAAGCUGAAGAACACCGAGCAGGACCUGAAGAGGAAAGAGAGGAAGAAAGAUGAUAUGAUGGCUCUCAGGCCUGUCAGGUACGGAGAAUCUAUGUUUAUCCUGAUGUGCUGAAGUUACAAAUACAUGUGAUCUUUAUUUUUUUUAGACAUGCUGAAUGUGCUCGCCGGUAUAAUACAGAUGGUUGUUUUAGCCAUCUCCUGUUUCCUCAGUAUGAUUCACCUGUUUGUUGACGAAUAAUCUGCUUGUGUGUCACUUUUGAUUGACAGGUGCAAAUGUUUUAAAAAUACAAGAACAAACUCUUCAGACCAAAACUUAACAAACAGAUGUCAGUCUGGCACCACAGCGAGGAAGCAAUGACUUAAUAUUAAUAAACCACAGAUACAUAGAAGACUAGGGCUGUGUCCGAAAUGGAUCCCUAACCCCUACAUAGGCGACUACAUAGGGGGUUAACGCCAUUUUGAGGGGUGUCCGAAACCUCAGUGAUCAAUUCCAAUGUCCUAUAUAGGCGACUCAAAAUUUCCCAUAAAGCAUUGCAAAAUGUGGUGACCAUCCGAUGGUCACUCAACGGUGGCGGGCAUCCCGUCAUGCAUUGCGUCUUGCCAUGUCGUGUCCGAAACCUCCGGUGAUUGAGCUCACUACAUAGUCAACUAUAGAGUGAAACCCCAUAUGGGGGUUAGAGGUUAGGGAUUGAGUGAUUCAUUUCGGACACAGCCUAAAAACGCCAGUGUACUAUAGCAGCCCGCUAACCUACAUGCCUACAUGGCAGCCAUCUUGGAGGGGGCAAAGUUCCCACUAAAGGCAUUAGAUGCACAUGGAAAAUAUAUCGUAUCUUGUUCAUUUCAUAACCGGUUUUUAUGCGGUUUACUUUAAUCUCAACGCCAAAUUAUGUGCUAUUCAUACAGAACAUUUAUUUAAAAAAAAUUUUAAUAUCUAAUGUCCUGUAUGAGCACAUUUUUUGGCAUUGAUGAAAAAGUAAAAUCAGUUUUGAAAUGAGCAACAAUGGGAACGAUGCCCUCACCAAGAUGGCUGCCAUGUAGGAACACAGUUUAAAAGAGGCGUGUUGUAUCUACUAAUCAUAUCCAUGGAUGAAACAAGCACACUGAUAGGAAGGCGAAAAAGUGACAGGUGUGUUUUGGCAAUGGCAUCAUCUUAAUCAGUCAACAUGGUUUCCUGUCUUCAUUUAGCUCAACAGUACGUGAAUUUCCAAAAAUGCAUUUACAACUAAAGCAAAAAAAAAAACUGAAAAAGAGCCGUACACUUAAUCUGUCAAAAACAAUCCUCCACUCUCAAAAUCCCAACACACAGCUGACUGCGGACUUGCUUGUCACACUAAAAAUAGACGUACAGCAUCAAUCUGCUGUGUUCAUUCAAGCAGCAAGGCAUGCUGGGAGAAGAGGAUGAAACGUUUGCGUCUGUCCUCCUCAUCAGAGCUGUAAGACUAAAUUAAAUUCAUGACAAAAAAACAAACAUCCCAGGACAGAAAUUCAUCGUCUGCAGACUUGUUCAUUUUGUCAUUUUAAUUAUUUAUGUUUAUUAUUUCCAAUCAUUGUUUCAUACAGAAACUUAUAUUCACCUUGAUUUACUAAACUAAAAAAAUCAGAGGUGAUUACUUCACUGUAUUUUUGAAUUUAUGAAUUCAUCAUUGGGUCUGUGUUUUUUGGCAGGAGAACAGGUUGUUCAGCUUUUGGCCACUAGAUGGAGCUAUGUUCAAAUAUAAGAGAUCAUGUUGUUGGUCUGUGCUGACAUUUAGAAGAGCCUCACACGUCGAUGAACAAGCAGUAUCUUUGUUUGUUUCUUUAUCUGACUUUUCAGGAAAGGUCAUGACAUUUAGAGCGUCUGAGCGUUUAGAAACACAAAGAAAAGAAGUAAACUAAGAACACAGCAGAUAUGGGAAAUGUUCUACUGACACUUUCGCAACCAAAACACAUUCUCGAAGACGGGUUUAAGAUUUAAGGCCCCGUAAAAAAAUGUCUCAUCUGGUCCCAGCACUUCAUUUUUCACCUCUUAAAGGUUUAUCUUUAACUUUAUGAUCAUUCGUUUCUCUUAUCACAUGUUUACCAUCACUUUACUGUCAACAGAUUUUUGUUUUCACUUUUAUGAAACAUUUUUAGGAUAAAAAAAAAAGUCGACAUCUGAUAGUAGUUUCUUUGGUUUUGGUGAAGUUGAACCAUUUUUAUCAGAUCUCCUGUAGUGUUUACUUUUCAACGUUUCUGUAGAAUUUAAAGAGACAGCACUGUCUUUACAAAUUCCACAAUUAAUGAUGCAUUUGAGUGUCCAAAGUCAGCACGAUGAGAUUUUUUCGUCACUACUUCAGCAAGAUUGGCACAAACCAAAAGCUCAUUAAAAGACUUCACUAAAUGAUGGAGGUUAAAAAGGAAGACAGAAAAACUGUAGAGUUUGUUUUUCCGAUGAACUCCAAAGUCACAAAAUCUUGAUAAUCCUUCAUUGUAUUGGGGUUUUUUACAAAUUUGAUAAACACCAAAAGAAAAAAGGUUUUUAUCCUCAUGUUCAUUCGCAUGUUUACAGAGAAAAUCAAGGAAACUGCAGGAGACCAAAGGAGAGAAAAUAGCCGAGGACAGUGUCUUUAAAUGUUUGUAAAUGGGCUCCAUUGUCCUUUGUGCUCAUUAAGUCAGUUGUUGUUUUUUUUCAUUUUACUUAAUACUUCUCAGACAAUCCAUCACACUGCUUGAAGAAAAGGAGUUGCCCGAGUUCAGGAACCGUCUGCAGGCGGUGAACCGAGAUAUCGAGAGGCUGAAGGGGGACGUGGAGGAGCAGGAGACUCUGCUUGGUACCUUGAUGUCAGAGGAGGAAACAGCCAAAGCCUGCCUGCAGGAUAUCUCACUCAUGGACAGAUACCUGGUACCAUCCCUUUGUCCGGUUCACUUUUUAAUGUCCACCUCCUUCCUCUCCCUUUUGUGUCCCCUCUUACUGACAGAAUGAAAGAUUUGGUGUUUUUCUUUGAUAUGUGAUGCGCUUUACUCUUUCAGAUGGACCUUAGAGAGGUGGAGAGGAAAAUCGCUCAGCAUGCAGCUAAACUCCAGGGAGUAGACCUGACCAGAACCAUCCAACAAGUCAGCCAAGAGAAACAAGAAACUCAGCAUAAGCUGGACACCAGUAAGAUAACAUCACUCAGAAAUCCUACUUUCCUGUAGUCCUGGUCUGGUUUAGCAGAUUUGCCUUUUUUUUUAUCUUUUCAAAGAAUCCAAGUAAAUCCACCGGGCGAUUGGUGUGUAAGCAACAUGUUUAGUUUGUUCGUGGGUAACCCGUCUUUUCUUUGCAGCUUCCAGCAAGAUGGAACUGAAACGUAAGCUGAUCCAGGACCAGCAGGACCAGAUUCAGAUGCUGAAAAGUGCCGUGAACGAGACGAAAGCGGAGAAACUCCAGUUGAGCAGCGAUAUGCAAAAACAGCAACAGCUGGAGGAGCAGUGUGUCGAAUACACCGCUGAAAUACAGACCUUAACCAGGGAUAUCAGGGUAUGAAUUUCAGUCAUGGUUAACUAUGACUUCUCUCUGAUUUAUGAUGAUGUGGAGCAAAAAAAAAACAAGAACGUACACAUUUGCAUGUAAAUCAACACAUUUUUACGCUCUGUUAAAGUGUCACUCAUAAAUACCCCACGUUGUGUCUCAUCUUUUCUCUCCUUCAAUCAGGAAGCGAAGGAGCAGCUCUCCCCUUUGUCCUCCGCUCUGGACAAGCUGCAGCAGGAGAAGCAGGAGCUGGUGGAGCGCAGGAGGCAAAAGCAGGAAGAGGGCCAGGAGAAGGUGCACACUUUCACACUGUUGUUUGUCUUUUACAGUCGUGUUUUCUUUCCUGAAAAGUCACCACAAAGUCAGGUACAAAUUGUUGUUUCACUCCUCUCUUAUACCCUUCGUUUCUGCGUGAACAGGCUCGGGUGAAGAUGAACCUUCUCUUCUUUUUCCUUCUUUAUAACCACUUCUUAAUUAUGAAAUGUGACAUUUAGGCAGCUAAUAAAACAAACAGUGAAUUUAUGAAAGUGGGUGAGCGUGUGAGCAUUUUAAGAACGUCUCUUCCAUCAGAUGAGACAAAAAAAGGCGAAGAAGCUGAAUUUUUUCUUUUGUUUAAUCUUCACUCACUGUCACCGUCAGAUCAACGCCAUCAAAGAGCGAGCGAAAGUGAUCACCAUGUUGGAGAGGGACAUCAAGAAAUACUUGGAUGAAGGCAAAGACAAGUACAAAGAGGUAACAUGUUUAGUUUCACAUACUCAAGUUCUCAAGUCUCGUCAUGGUUUCUUUAGUAUAUCUUUCGACGUUUGUCUGUGACGAUAUUGGAAACAUCUUUAUUGAUGUUGCCUGUUGCUGUCGCAGCAAAAAGAGUCGGAACUUCAAGAAACCAACACUCAGCUGCACGAAGCCGAGAAGCACAAAGAGAAGAUCAACAAGGAGAUGGUAAACAUCCGUCAAGACAUAGACACUCAAAAGGUACAGCCACCUGGGUCAUUAUUGUCUUAAUUCAGUUUUUUCACUGAGUGUAAAGCUCUCUGGAGUUAAAACCGUAAGUUUCCGAUCUUUGUCAGGUCCAGGAGCGCUGGCUGCAGGACAACCUGACACUGAGGAAGCGAGUCGAGGAGCUGAAAGAGGUUGUGGCUAAACGUGACGCUCUCAAGAAAGACAUGGGCAACAUGCAAGUCAUGCAGCUCCACCAGUAAGAGCCGUACUUGUUUAUUGAUCAUGUGUGAGAUUGUUAAAUUGAAAUAGCAAACAAGAUGGCCCUGAACUCCUGUAACUCAGCAGUGUGACACUUGUUACUGAAGAGUCAGGUCAGAAUUUGGCCGCAGUGAUUUCACCCUCCUGCUUUCUGUUGCUCUCCAGAGAACGUCGUGAAGCUGAGCGCAAGCUGGAGGACUUGAAGAGGAACCGCAGCAUUGCGCUGGGACGACAGAAAGGCUUCGAGGAGGAGAUCCUGCAUCACAGGUGAGCUCUUCAGAUUUAUAGAUAUGAUCGAAUUAACCGAGAUGGUGACACCUGAUGGUGCACCAUAGCGUGUAAAAAUGUGAAUUUAUGUAAGAGUAUAGAACAAGUUUUCAUAAAUAUCUGCAGAAAAAUCAACAUUUUAAAAGCAUUAAUGUAUUUAUCAGGGGUGGGAGAAAAGAGUUGAUACAGCAUAGAAUCACGAUAUUUUGUCUGGUGAUGUAUCGUAUCGUCUCAUCCGCCAAGUAUCGAUUACAAAUUGCAUUGAAUGAUAUUGCAAUACUCAGUGUAUCGCAAAUUAUUUAAAACCGUGAUGAUAUCGAAUCAUGGCCCAAGUAUCGUGAUAAUAUUGCGUCAUGAGGCAACCCUGAUUCCCACACCCACACAUUUUCCUCAAAAAUCGAUUUUUUUUCUCAAAUUGAAGAAUAAAUCUUAAAAACUGACUUUCAUUUGAUGUGUAUUUUUUGGUGAAAUAUGAUUCCUGGAAUAGUUGGUAGACAAUCAUUAUUAUUCAACUGUUUCACUGAUGUUAAAAAUGCAGACUGAAGAUCGAGGAAAUCGUCAAUAUCUUAGAAUCGCAAUUUAAAAUCCAAAAGUUCGUAGAAGAAUCGAAUUGGGAGAAAAGCAUGUCAUCCCUGCCCUAGUAUUGACGGCUACUGAUGAGUCGUAGUUGACAUAAAUAAGAGACGAUGAUCUAUGUUUUUAUUUUCCAGAAAAGAGCUGAGAGAAGAUCAAUAUGACAAAGCUGAUGAGCGCUACAAAAACAAGAUGAUCAUAAUGAGGACCACAGAGCUGGUCAUUAAAGACCUGGAUCUCUACUACAAGGCUCUUGAUCAGUAAGUAUCGCUCAGUCUACAAAGUAUAACUUUCUUGUCAUAUUCAGCAUUCAAACACAGCAGAAUUGACAUUUAAACAUGAACCCAGUGAGGAAAAAUCAUAUUUGAUCCCUGCUUUUUACCACAACAACACAUGAUGAGCUCCUGAGCAUCCAUGAUUACGUUUGUGUUUUAUUUUGAACCCGCUCACCGCGCUGGUGCAGAAAAACUCACUGAACACAGACCAACAUUCUCAUACAGUGAAUAAUAAUGAAGGGCAAAGUAAACUAGAUUUAGACGCAAAAUAAUUCAUGACCAAAAUAAAACAUUAAUAAAUGAUGGAAUUCAUAAUGAGAGAUGAAGUUUCUUUCUCAUGUAGGAAGCUGUAGUUAGGUGUAGAGCUGCCUGAGAACUAAAGAUGUUCCGAUGUAACUGUUUUACCAAUAUUGUAGCCUUCAGUAUUGGCUAAUACCCAAAUUGAUCAGAUAUUGGUACAAACUUCUGCAUGACAAGUCUUGUACUCAGCUGCAACAUCUUUUUAGGACUUCACGAAAAAUACUGCCACACAGCCGAUAGCUGACCUACUCCUUGCUUCUCUGUCAGUACCUUAGUACACACUGUUGCUGUGAUAACGUCUGCUCUGAAUGCUGGAUCUGGGCGCUACUAGAUAGAGGUGUUGGAGUGGAGUCUGGAUGGACUGCUUGGAUCAGAGUGCUGAUAUCAGAGAUUUUAGAUGCAGGCCGAUAUAAUCUGAUAUUUGUUUUUUUUAAUUUGCUGGUAUUGGGCCGAUAUCCAAUAUCAAUAUUGUAUCAGGACACUCCUACUUUUCUUUAUCUGUUUUGUGUGCCUGGCCCUUUCUUUGAAUUUUUAAUAUCUCUCUGUAAUGUUGCUCUUAAGAGGAGUGCCUAAACUGGAGAAUUUAGAUGCAGGCCGAUACAGUCCCAUACUUUUUUUUUUUUUUGCUGAUAUUGAACCAAUAUCUGAUAUCAAUCUCAGAUCAGGACACCCCUACUUUUCUUAGUCUAUAUAAGAAAUGUAAUCCGAUAUAUAUUUUUUUUUUUUGCUGAUAUCGGACCGAUAUCAAUAUUAGAUUGGGACAUUCCUACUGUGAACAGUUGCUGGUUGAGACCAGGUGUCUUAUGUGUUGCUCCAGUCUUUGCCAUGUACACUUAUAUCUCCAAAUGCUUCAGAUUAACUCCAAACUCUAAAGAAAAACUAAUGACUAAAAAUUGACUAAGUAUUGGUCAAUUACCUUUAUUUUUCCCCAUAACAAAGACAAAUAAUACAGAGACCGAUAAUAUAAACUCAGAUAGAUGUUUGUAUCUGAUAACGAUAUGAGACCAUGGCUGUUUUAACAGUCUGUUUAAAGGGCGGUAUCAUGCUUUUCCACAUUUACAACAAAAACUGCAAAGUUACAAAGUUUGGAGUCUGAACUACAUGUAUGCAAAGUUCUUUUUUUGCUGAUAUCACACCGAUAUCAAUAUCGGAUCAGGACACCCCUAAUUUUCUUUAUCGCUUUUGUGUGCUAUGUCCAUUCUUGUAAUUUUUAUUAUCUCAUUGUAAAGCACUUAGUGACCUUGCUGCUCUUGAAAGUAGUGCUUAUAUUAGAGAUUUUAGAUGCAGGCCAAUAAAAUCCGAUAUUUUUAUUUUUUGACUUAUAUCGGACUGAUAUCAAUAUCGGAUCGGGACAUUCCUACUGUGAAGAGUUGCCGGUUGGGACCAGGUGUCUUAUGAAUAAAAAAGUGUGUUGGAUCCGUACUUUAAAUACAUAUAUGCCAUCAUGCACAGAAAAUAAUUCAGAUGUUAAAAACUACGGGCAAGCACACUUUACCUUCAUGUAAAUCACAAUAUCUGCACCCUCUCCAUUCCUGGGUAUGACCAUAGAUGGAAACAUAUGAGCCAGCAGAUCGUGCAGCAGUAUUCGUCAUAGGUCAGAUCUGUGAAUGAAAGUGUGUAAGGAAAUAUGUUGGGUUUGUCACCUUCAGCUUGUCGUACACUUUGAUUGAGAUGGUGUGAAAUAGCUGCGUGAGAACUGCCUGUGAUGUAUCUUUUAUGCUGGCCUCAUUAACAAAGUAACUGAUGUGGCUUUAGAGUGUGAAGUAGCUGUCACCCUGUCUCUGUUCACUGUUUGUUUUGCACAGCAAUCUUUGUGAGUGUGGAUAGUAAUAUCGGCAGAGAAGACGAGAAGUAGCAACUUAAAGUUUUAAAAUAAUACUUGAUGCUUUUUUUGUUUUUAGGGUUGAUAAGAUCUGUUUUAAACUUGAGCAGCGUUUUGCAUGUGUCGAACCAUGUUUGGUAGUUUUCCUGUUAUGUGAUAUCUGUACUUUAUCUGCUGGAUCAGGCUUUUGGAAAUUGGGUCAUCACAUCCACAUCAGUCUGUUCAGAUUAUCAGUAAGAAGAUGUUUGCCUCAUAGUGGAAAAAAAAUCAAAGUGAACAAUGAUGCUACAUCCUCUCAAACUUUUCUUGGUCAUAGCGCCGGGGGUUUUUGGAAAAUCAGAUAAAGGGUUCCAGAGUUGACUAUCACAUCAUUAAUUAUGGUAGAGCUGUGCACAGAUUAGCAUUAAUAACCUUUAAAAACAGGGUUCUGGGUGUCAAAGCCUCGCGUAAAGAGAGUGUUUUAAUAAAACUUUUCUGUGCUGUUAGCAGAUCGCCUAAAGAUCUGGAUGUGGAUGUCCAGUGUUUGGAGGGAAAGCAUUGCUCAGUUUGUCUUUGUGUUCAGCUAAUGAGGCCUUAAUUUGCUGCAGUGCAGAACUGAGAACAGUGUAAUACUACUGAAACCACUUACAGUGACACUUGACUGCGCUGUGACGUAAGUGCCAUAAUAGAGAAGUUAGCAGCUGUGAUUUACAAAUUGAAUGUGAUGAUCAUAUAAGACAUAUAAAAAGCUGCCUUUGACGCCCAUAACAACGUGGAGAAAUUCCAAUCUGGUUUUCGUCAAUACCAUUCAACAGAGUCAGAACUUCUGAGAGUGUUUAAUAAUCUCUUACUUAGCAGCGAUGCAGGAAAAUAUUCUGUGAUAGUUUUAUUUUUACUGGUCGUCGCUGUAAUUGUAGUUUUGCUCUCAGCUGCAACAUCUUUUUCAGACUUUAACGAAAAAUACUGCCACACAGCCAACAUCACUCCUACUCGUUGCUUCUUUGUUAGUACAUUAGUACACACUGUUGUUAUGAUAACAUUGGCUCUGCAUGCUGGAUCAGGGCGCUGCUAGAUAGAGGUGCCAGAUUGGAGUCUGGGAUGAACUAUCAAAGUGCUGAUAUCAGAGAUUUAAGACGCAGGCUUAUGUAAUCCGAUAUUUGUUUUUCUGUUCAUAUCAGUCUGAGUUAUCCGUCUGAUAAAUCGGACGAAUAUCUGAUAUCAAUAUCAAAACGUGAGGGACACCACUAACAAAAACAAACAAGAGAAUCAGUGAAAAGAUUUCAAAUUACAAUCCUUGCUUGAACAUUUUAUCAAUAUAAUCCGAUGUUUGUUUUUUUGCUGAUAUCGGACCGAUAUCCAAUAUCAGUCCUCUUCAAUAUCAUCUGUGUCCUCUUCCUAUUGUACCUUUGCAUCAGUGCAAAGGUACAAAGGAGUUAUGUUUGAAUUAAAUUUAUUUUAUUCUUUAAAGUUUUGAUUAUCUUUUUGUUGCUCUUGAAAGGUGCUAUAGAAAUAAACCUAUUAUUCUUCUUAUUAUAUUUAUUAUUAGUAUUAUUAUGAUUAUAAUUAACAGGGUGAUGUAAAAAAAAAAGACAUCUAAACAUUUGUUAUCACUACUCAUUUAAUGCUUCUUCACUUUAACUUUAUUAUGUCCCAAAAUGGGCAAAUCGGGUUGCAGCAGGCACAUACAUACAUCGUAAAAUAAAAUAAAUAAGAUAAAAUACAUUUACAUAAAAAAAAAACAGUUCAGGAGGUAAAAAGCAUUAAAAACGAUUUAGAAGGUAAAAAAAAAAACAUAUGACAGUCAUAUCAGUAUUUUUUCAUGAGCAGAGUGCAUAAAAUGCAGAAACAAAAUGCAAUGUGCAGUUUGCGUACCAAUAAAAGAAACCGGAGAUGAAGCUUGAUGUAGAGUAAUAAUGCUGCAAGAGUUUUUAUCUAUUACCGUUUCCGGUGCCAUUAUAAGCAGCAUUUGAAAAUGCUGACAAAAGUGAAGUUGUUAUCCACAAACAUUAUCUGCUGAUAGAAAAGUUUUGAAAGUAUUGGUUGACAAGUUUACUAUAAAACCAGAGCAGCUUAAAAUUGAGAGAAAAGAUUUAAUCAGAGACCUUUUCAAGUGAAUCGGCUGAGCUUAGUCAUGCAUUCAUUUGAAGCCCACAAGUCAAAGCAGUGACGACACUGGUGGUAACAGUACUUCAGGUUGAAGUGGUUGAACUUCCCAUAUGUUGGUGUGACGAGUUCACGCAGUCAGACGUGUCAGAAGUCAUGGUUUUAACACCCCCUGAGUUUCUGGCAUGGGCGUCAUUGUGAAGUGGCGUCAGUUUUACAUGAGAAAUGCACAUCAGUGUGACGAAAGCUCGCAAGUGGCGUGAAAAUAUUUCAGCAAAUCAGGAGCAUCAGCGCAUCCUAACAUGCUGAGGAGCUGAACAGGUUUUGAAAAUAAAAUCAAAACUGUUUAAUUGCAGUGAAAGUAUGACUGAGUUAUCAUGAGUCACCUUGCUCUUUAUUCUUUUCCACUGCUCGUCUUUCAAUCACUGCAUUUCAUUUAGGAUACCAAUUUAAAAAAAUCAAAGGUAUAAUGUGUGAUACAAGUAUUUUUCUUGAACAGAAAAUGAACAGAAAUGAACUUGAGCAUAAGCGAGCUUCAGCGAGGAAGUUUACACUCAGCCUCUCUGAUAGAAUCAGAGUUGAAGCCGAGCCACAUGUUAACCAUUUGUGUGGGUUAGUAGAUGCCUCCGCGUCUGCACUGCUAUCAAGAUCGUGAAGCGGGCCUCAGCAGCCUUCCAGAUCACCUUACAUCCAGGUCACAGUCUCUGAAUUCACAGAAAAUGGUUUCAUGGUGAGAUGUUUUGAUUUGGGGAGUGAAUAUGAAACUGCCUCUGACUCACUUUGCAAUGAAUCAUUUUGUGUGUGUGUGUGUGAAAAACAAACAACAAAGAUUAAAGACAAAGCUGUGUGGGGCAAUUACACAUACCUGAGUCAGAAGUUUAGUAAGAGUGUAACUCUGUAAUCUUUAUGUGUUGCUCCAAUCAGUGCCAAGUGCACUUCUGUCUCCAAAUGUUUCAGAUUAACUCCAAACUCUGAGAAAAACUAUGACUAAAUAUUGGUUAAUUAUAUUUUUCCUCCCAUGAUUUAGACAAAUAAGACAGAGACAGGUGAUAUAAAUUCUGAUGAAUAUUUGUAUCUGAUAAUGAAAUGAGACCAUGGCCGUUUUAACAGUCUGUUUAAACAGGGGGGAGGGGGGACUUUUCCACAUUUACAACAAAAACUGCAAAGUUACAAAGUUUGGAGUCAGAGCUACAUGUAUGCAAAGUUUCAAAUCACAAGGUAAACGUAUUUUGUCAUUGUCUGAGAAAGUAGAUGUAAAGUGCUCAAAUCUCAACUGUGCAAAAACGCAAGUCUGUGGUUUAUGUGUGAGAUUUACUAACUCAAGAAUUAUAGACUCUCCUUACUGGUUCAUCUGCUCCCAGCAAAGUAGAACGGCCUGCCGUCAACAGCGUGUGAAGUGACACCCACAGGGGGUAACCAUAGACAUAAUAUACAUACAGUAUAUACUAUACAUUUACAUAUAUGAAGUCUAGCCUCCGGAGAGGUGGCCAAUCAGAAGACAGUAGGCCUUAAAGAGACAGCAGCUAAAAUGAAGCGUUUCGGACAGAGGCUGAAAUAAUGAAAUUUUAAUACAACACUGUGAGAAAUUUGAGGCUUUUCUUUAUCUGAAAAUCACAUAAAGAUAUUAAAGAAGUAUUAGAAAAGAGAUAUAGAGUGAAAAAAAUCAGGGCUUGGCAAUAUGGGAAAAAGUUUAUCACGCAAAUUUUUUUCAUAUCAGUCGAUAUCGUGAGGCAUUGCGCUAGAGAAAGCGGACUGAAUGGUUUGGCUGUUUCGGCUGCACAGACGCCAUGGGCUCCUUACUCCACUCGGGGUUUGUAACCUUUUGCUCUGCGCGUGCUCUGCCGCGUGGCACUGCUUCAGGUUGUGUAAAAAUACCUCCACACCACCGACGUUUUCGUGCCAGUGUUGUUGGCAAUGUCGUCAUCUGUUGAGCCUUCACCUGCAUUUCUGACCUGGAGCAACUCCCCUUUUCAUUGUUUCAGAGUUUUUUUUUUUUUCAAUAUAUAUUAUUAUCGUUUUAUUGCCCAGCUUUAAUAUACAUUAAACCAGAGUUUCUCGUUAAUUGAGUCUGCUGUGGGUGUUAAUUUUCACACAAUUUUGCAGUCAUGAAACUACCUAAAAGUUUCGGCUUUACUGAAAACAUCCAAGGCUAGCUGUUGGUAUCAGUGUAUGACAGCUGUUCGAUAAUCUGCUGUUGUUAUGUUGCUCACAGGCCUCAUUGAUGGUCUUUAUUGUCUGAAGAGACCCCUAACUGAAAAGCUUAGAUAUCAAGUUUGGUGCAGUGAGUUUAAUCCUCUGAGCAUGAAUCAGCCAUUCUCUGUGACUCUGCAGGGGACAACUUUGGACUCUGAUGUAUUACAACUUUGGACCGUGCCUUCUUUAAUUGUUGAAAGCUUAAUUGCAGUCAUACUAAACUUGCUAGUGUUUGUUCUUGCAGAGCAGCAGCUGUGGAUUUUGUCUUUUUAUUAAUUUGAAGCCUCUUUAGAGCUGUAGUAACCCCUUAAAAUCGUAGAUUAUUGCUGAUUCAUAAACAUAACAUGGCACCUGCAAGGAUCGCAAUCAUGACCAAGUCACGUUUACUUUCUGCAAAAAGCACCAUCAUCAUAAGCUUGAACUUUCAGCCACGUAUUUUAAAUAUGGUAAAUUAGACUGAUGGAUGUGGCAGCUCUGUGCCCUCUUCCUAUAUAAGGUCUUAUCUUCUCAUCCCUCAUCAGAAGAAACACGGUUGGUAAUGUUGUUAUCACCCCAAGUCUUCAGAAACCACACAUGAACUUCUCGUCAGUUUACAGAUUAUAGAGCGAAUACUUCUUGGUAGGCCGGAAAAGCAACAUCCAGCUGAGUGCCGCUGCCUUCGUGUCUUUUUAAACCAGUUUGUAUCUGCAGCAACAUCAGCAGGAUUUAGUAAAUUAAUGUAUAAAGUUGACAUUUUGACGUGUGUGUACACUUGUGGGGGUUUCCCAAUCAUGCAGCAGGUCAAGCCUUCAUUCUCCCUUUCUUACUAAAUAAUAAACUGAAAUUAUGAAUUGUCUUACUCUACGCAAUUUUAACAUCUGUAUGAAACAAAGGAGCUCAUGUGAAUGAAAUGAGAUGCAAAGUAUCAUCCCUAAAUACAAGAACCAGGAAAUCCUACAUGCUCCUUUCGGCUUGGUGGGAUGUGACCAAGCGGCAACCUUUGGUGCUGAGAAAUAAAGCCGAUGAGGAAGUGCAGAAACCUGUGUUUCCUCAAAUGUGUUUCCUUCAGACGGGCUUCAAAAGCCUAGAAAGCCUCAGUAACACCCUUUUGUUGGAAUAAACGGAAAUUGUUUGAGUUUCAGUUUUCAGUUCUAAGAGUUCUGCAUGAUGGGUGGACGUGUUUUUUUUCGUAGACUGUACAUAGAAUGGACGCCGUCUGCCUCCUCGCUGGGUGAAGCCACUGCGAGAACAGCACCCUCUGGUGACGGGCUGCAGUAUAGGUCAUAAAUCCUGCCUCCUCCAGCAAUCCCUAUGGAGUUGUGGACAAACUUUAGAAAUUUAUUACACAGAACAUAAUUUUUUCUCCCCCUCAGUUGCGAUGUUGACACGUAGUUACUGUAAGACUAGUUUGUGCUCAAGUCCUCCUUAUUUCUGUACAGCUCCAUUUUUAAGAGUUAUUAGGGGGUUCAUGUUUUCUGGGCGUAAGAAGAUUGCGUAGCUCACCCAGGGGAUACACAAAUUCGUGUAAUGAUGGAAGGCGGAGCCAAGUUGUCCACAGUAUAUACGGUCUAUGGUUUUGACUGACUGUCAGGAGGCUCAAAGUCCACCUAAGCACCAACUCUCUGUCAGUGUCCAGGAUGACUGCGAUCACUUUGCUUUAGAAACAGUCUGUUGAUGUGACCUUAGACUGAAUACAAGGAGAUGACAAAGCAUCCGAAACAUCGCCCAUUGGUCAGAAGACCUCUGUUUUGGACAUCAAGGGCAAUAUUUGGCUCUCAACAUCUUUUGUUAUCUCUUUUUCAGAACCAUCAUGAAGUUCCACAGCAUGAAGAUGGAUGAGAUCAACAAGAUCAUAAGAGACUUGUGGCGCAGCACAUACAGGGGUCAAGGUGCACAACGACUCGCUCCAAAUCAUGUCAUUCAUUUGUACUUUUUGCUUUCCACAGACUGAGUUUCAUCCCUCCGUCUUCCUCCCACUGCAGAUAUUGAGUACGUGGAGAUCAGGUCUGAUGUGGACGAGAACUCGUCUGCAGGAGUGAGGCGAAGGGUUUACAACUACAGAGUAGUGAUGGUCAAAGGAGACACAGUUCUGGAUAUGAGAGGACGCUGCAGUGCCGGACAAAAGGUACCUGAGCAGGGUUUCUUUUACAGCAGAAAUGAAGAUGUUUGGAGUUUGUCUUGAUUUUCUAAAGCUCAUUUUAUUUAUUUUUUUAAAUGUGUGUUUAGGUUUUGGCGUCCUUGAUCAUCCGUCUCGCUCUGGCGGAGACCUUCUGUCUGAAUUGUGGGAUCCUGGCCUUGGAUGAGCCCACAACCAACCUGGACCGAGACAACAUUGAGUCCCUGGCUCACGCUCUGGUCGAGUCAGUACACAAACACGGACAUGCACACGCACAUAAAAGCAGUUUUACAUAACCCCGAGUCUAAAACCUAAAUCAAGUUUUUAACUCUUAAAAAUACAGAUAAAGAAGUGAAUUUUAACGAUCGAUGAUCUGGAAGUAGAUCUGGAAGAUAUUCAACAUCAAUCCUGGACGCUUUAAUUUGGUUUAAAACACAAACUGUCUCCACACACCAAGCGGGAGUAAAAUCAUUCGCGCGACUGAAUUACAGGUUAAGUCAAUGCAAAGACGCGAUUAGACGCUCCUGCUGCUCUGGCAGCGCGAAUGACACGAAUUGGGCGGGAGCUGAAAAUGUCUCAACUUGAGCGGAUAUUUGUGUCACGAUAACUGAUCAGCAUGAAGGUUGCCAGGUAAUGUGUGAAAAUAGAUGGUUGUUCACUGGUAUCAUCAAACUGAUCAUGUCGGUGUGUGGGAUCAUGUCGGAGUAAGUACUGCUCAUUCGCGCGUCUAGAUUCGCGCGAAUUAAGCGAGUAGAUCAUUUUACUUACCCUUGGUGUGAGCGCCCCAUAAGAGGUUCGAGAGUUGGCUGUGUUUGGAUGAACUAAGUGGCUCUUGUUCGACCUUCUCCCCCAGAAUCAUCAAGAGUCGCUCCCGCCAGCGUAACUUCCAGCUGCUGGUCAUCACCCACGACGAGGACUUCGUAGAGCUGCUGGGGCGCUCCAGCUACAUCGAGCAUUUCUACCGCAUCCGCAAGAACCAGGACCAGAACUCUGAGAUCUCAAAGUGCAGCAUCAGCUCUCUCUCCUCUUACCUCCACUGAAAAAGAGACGAUUUGGGAUCCACAGUAAACUUUCAUUCAACAUUCAUUUCCUUCAUAGUUCAGAUGUUUGAUUAAAACAGUCGUGUUAAAGUAUUUAGAAGGUUUGAAACAGGACAGAAAAACAUAUGAAAGGCACUUAAGAUUAACCUUUAUACUGGUUUGAUAGAUUUAUCAUCGUUCAGUUCCUUAAAUCCAGAUUGAGAUUUAAUCCUUCAGCCUAUCUUUACUUAUUUUGCCGGCUUUCAUGAGUUCAACACUUUCAUGCUCUGUUAACACUUUCUGGUGAUCUCUAAAAAAAACUCAAAGCCACGUUGCAGUUUGCUGUUCAGCACUUCAGUUUCACAACUCAAAAUAUUCUGUCAUUAAAUUUCAUGUGAAGGGCAAAAGCUGCA